CCUUCACUUCAGCUGUCACUAGCCAGACUCAGCUCUGGGUUUCUUUGCGCUCUACGCGUUUUGACGAAUCGGCUGUUAUAGAAGUGACGAGCUUCUCUGUUUACAGUUAAAGAGUUUAAGAGAAAAUCGACCUUAUAGCAAACAAUCCAGUAUUGAGUGUGAAGCAUUAUUCCAAUGUUUCUGCGUUAUUUUUCCGCCUCUCUCUUAGGCUAUGACCGGGUUUUCCUUCUCCCAGAUAUCUUUUGUUGCAUUUAUAACUGCUACGGAAAUGCCACCUCUUCAUCAACAUGAAGAAGAAAGGUUCUUCUUAAAUGCCAGAGGCCAGAAGGAAACUCUGCCCAGCAUAAGGGACUCACCCACCAAGCAACUUUCUGUUGUCGUGCCUUCAUACAAUGAAGAAAAGCGGUUGCCUGUGAUGAUGGACGAAGCUCUGGGCUAUCUAGAAGAGAGACAGAAACAAGAUCCUACAUUCACUUAUGAGGUGAUAGUAGUUGACGAUGGCAGCAAAGACCAGACUUCGAAGGGAAUAUUCAGUUCUCGAGGAGAAAAGAUCCUUAUGGCAGAUGCUGAUGGAGCCACAAAGUUUCCAGAUGUUGAGAAAUUAGAAAAGGGACUGAAUGAUCUACAGCCUUGGCCUGAUCAAAUGGCCAUUGCAUGUGGAUCGCGAGCUCAUUUGAAGGAAGAGUCCAUUGCUCAGCGUUCUUACUUCCGCACUCUUCUCAUGUAUGGAUUCCACUUUCUGGUGUGGUUCCUUUGUGUCAAAGGAAUCAAGGACACACAAUGUGGGUUCAAAUUAUUAACUCGAGAAGCAGCUUCACGGACGUUUUCAUCUCUACACAUUGAACGAUGGGCAUUUGAUGUAGAACUUCUUUACAUAGCACAGUUCUUUAAAAUUCCAAUAGCAGAAAUUGCUGUCAAUUGGACUGAAAUCGAAGGUGAGUAUAUUGUUUAUGUUACAGCUGAUCCUAAGUGGGGGGUGGGGGAGACGUGAGACAAUACAGUUGUCCAGUAAAGUCAGCUCGGUUUAAUGUCCCCCUCCCCCCAUCAGGGCCUCCUCAGCUGUCCGGACACUGAGAAGCAGUUCCAUAGAGCAUACUGCCUACUAAUCCCCUCCACCCUCCAGCUGCCCUACUGACUUCUGUAUUUUUUCAGUCUUGGGGUCUUCAGUGGGCCUACCACCCUACCCAAGAAAUUCAGUAAAAUUAGCUACGUAUAACAGACAAGAUCAUAGUGA